AUGGCAGGAUACCCCAGAAUCCAGGAACUGGGACUGUUGACAUUCAGGGAUGUGACCAUAGCAUUUUCUCCAGAAGAGCAGGCAUGCCUGGAACCUGCUCAGUGGAAUUUGUAUAGAGAUGUGAUGUUAGAGAACUACAGAAACCUGGUCUCCCUGGAUCUUGCUGUCUUUAAGCCAGACCUGAUCACCUUUCUGGAGCAAAGGAAAGGGCCCUGGAAUGUGAAGAGACGUGAAACUGUAGCAGAAAACCCAGCUGUGACUUUGCUGGGAGUGGAGGUGGAUGCCAUCAGAGCACAAAAACGAGCAUAA